CGGCGGAGGGUAUCCCGUAGGACGUCGUCGUCCGUAUAUAACCACACGGGAUGUUGCUCGAUACGCGCAGGAUCGACAGUAACGGAGAACCCGACGAUGUUGGUGGUUGAAAACGGCGAACCCAGGGGCGCCGGUAGACCUCACAAUCAGUCGUGCGCGAACGGCGCCUCUAAGAGCGUCGCGACGCCCAAACCGAACCGAACUCUUCGCGUUAUCAAUUUCGACUACGGCGGGCCGUUGGAAACCUCAUGAUACGUCUAUCGCGCGGCUGACGUCACGCUUCGGUACCACGCGUUCGAAAAUACAAUUUUGCACCUUCGCACCGUUCGGUAAAAGUUCCACUUCAAGCCCACCUAUACGCACGUAGAUAUUUCAGUGGAGAAUCAACCCUCGAAUCGAUCGAUGGAUGGACGAUCGUCAGAGAUGCUGAAUUUUUUUCCCCAUUCGAAGGGUGACCUUUUUCCAAAGCACUCAUAGAAUUCAGCAGCGAAAAUUUCAGCGCAAGUGAUAAUCGGACAUUCUCGUUUCAAAAAAAGUUUUCAUAAUCCCUCGACUGAAAUUCAAGUGAUUCUAUCGUGUGAUUGUUUUUUAAUUAUUGCAAAGUUAAUCGUUGUGCAGAAACCAUAAUUAUUUUUCUCGUUACAAAAAAGUGACAUUUUUUCGAAUGUAAGUUUAUGAAAUUUUAUCGAAGAACUGAUGCCCGAGGAUCACAACUACGAAUGAUAAAUUGAUAAGGGAGAAGAGGGCGACCCUUUUCCUCUGGCAUGUUGAGAGGUGGUAGGAGAGAGGGAGGAGGCUACCGUAGGAGGUAGGGCACGGUGUCUCUUCUAUGAUAUCGCGUGCCACCGAGCGUUGCUUCGCGAUGAGGAAGUUGCACGAGGGAAGAUAAUGACUUUGGUUAACCGCAACAUGACACCCGCACACCUACGAGAUCUUCUGAUUUUUAUUCUGGCCCUGUUUCACCUGCACCACUUGCCGCAGUCCACCGACGCCUUGGAUUUAGGACAAUGUAGCGCGGCACUUGGUAUGGAAAACGGGGAAAUUCCGGACGACGACAUCUCCGCCAGCUCAAUGUACGAUCCGAGCCUCGGGCCGAAGCACGCCAGAUUACGACAGGACAAGGGCGGCGGGGCAUGGUGUCCUCGCAACAUGGUUACCAAAGAGGGUAAGGAGUACCUCGAGAUAAAUCUCCACAAUCCUCGAGUCCUCACAUCAGCUCGUACUCAGGGACGUUUCGGUAAUGGUCACGGGGUAGAAUACACGGAGGAGUAUUUCGUCGAGUACUGGCGUCCGGGUUUCAACAAGUGGACGAGAUGGAGAAAUCGUCGAGGAAUGGACCUACUCGUCGGUAACAACAAUCCGUACACGGAAAAAGAACAGGCGUUUGAUCCACCAAUAAUAGCGACGAAGAUACGUUUCAUCCCUUAUACGUCCCACAUGAGGAUUGUCUGCAUGCGAGUCGAACUUUACGGUUGUCCCUGGCUCGAGGGUCUCGUCUCGUAUUCCAUGCCCCAAGGAAUUCAGAGAGGAUCGGAGGUGGACCUUUCGGACAGAACAUACGACGGGCGGGAGGAGGGCGGACAUCUCUCCAGGGGGUUGGGGCAGCUGGUUGACGGCCGUAAGGGUGCGGACAACUUUCGCCUCGACGUCAGUGGAAAUGGCAAGGGUUACGAAUGGGUCGGAUGGAGAAACGACACGCCCAACAUGAUCGGGAGACCCGUCGAAAUCACAUUCGAAUUCGAUUACGCUAGAAAUUUCACCGCCAUGCAUCUUCACACGAACAACCUCUUCACCAAGGAUGUACAGGUGUUUUCCCACGCUAAGGUGUAUCUGAGCGGCGCUGGAUCUGGAAAUAAUUUCAACGGCGAACCGGUCCACUUUUCUUACAUGCCGGAUCUCGUUCUCGAGCAAGCGAGGGAUGUCACCAUCAAACUCCACUCACGUGCCGGACGGUACUUGAAACUUCAACUUUAUUUUUCCGCCCGAUGGAUCAUGCUUAGCGAAGUGGUUUUUGACUCAGUGAUUUCCGAAUGGAACAACACCGACGAGGAUAUCGUCGAGAUGGGGAGGAACAGAAGCACCAUUGUGCCCGGUGGUACCGGUAGUCCGUAUCAGAAUAACGAGGGUCCACUUCAGAGGGACGAAGUCAAAGCUACUUUCAACAACAACGACGCCACGAGAAACGACAAUAACAUUUUUCCGGACAAGAGCAAGGAACCGGAAUCGCGCCAGUUGAUCGGCUUGGUCAUCGGUAUACUGACCACCGUAAUCGUGAUGCUGCUGGCAGCUAUUACCUUCAUAUUUUAUCGUAACCAAAGACUGAAGGCCACCCUUUCGCCGGCGACGUUUUACGACCAAAAUGAACAACAGUUACCACCAGCGGAAUUGAAGAUUUCAGUGGAGGACGCUCAACAGGCGGAAACUACGGAAGACAAGGGUCCGAUCUGUCCUCCGCUUCCUCCGCAGUACCACCCGACCAUCUACACGAAUAGUUCCCAGCAAUCUCGAAAUAACUGUACAGAUUACAAUCCAGAAGGACCCACGGAGUUGCAGCAGCCCGUAAUCCCGCUGCUGCUGAACUCCGCCAUUAAUAUCACAAGACCAAUACCACCGGUGGAGGAAUAUCAGUCGAAUCCACCCCCCAUACCACCACCUCCGGAGAAAUACUACGCCAGCACGGAGAUAUGCAAGAGUCCUCUUCCGCCUCUCCCGCCUUCGCCAACGCCGAGUACGCCUCCGCCAGCAAGCGCCAAAGCGUCGAGUAGCAUGACGAGCUACAGUCCGGAGGACAUGCUAACCGAAGAGGAAGACGAGGACACCGGGAUCUUUGAUUUUCCUCGCGAGAGGUUAAGCAUCGUUGAGAAUCUCGGUAACGGUAGCUUCGGUGAAAUUCACCUGUGCGAGGUCGACAGAUUCCCGGGGUACGACGAGGUCUUCAGGAACACCGGUAGCGACCUUGUCGUCGUGAAAUCCCUCCGACCGGGCUCCUCGGAAACUCUAAGGAUAGAAUUUCAAGAAGAGGCGAAAAGAUUGGCCAGACUUUCCGAUUGGAACGUGGCGCGAUUGCUCGGCGCGAGCCUCGAGGAUGACCCGAUGUGCAUAGUCCUCGAAUACGGGGAGUUCGGAGAUCUCAAUCAAUACCUGCAAAGCCAUAUAGCCGAGACCUCCACGGUACACACGGCCAAAACGUUGAGCUUUGGCACCCUGAUGUACAUGGCAACCCAGAUCGCCUCGGGAAUGAAGUAUCUGGAAGAAAUGGAUUUCGUUCACAGAGACGUCGCGACGAGAAAUUGCCUGGUGACCCGAGGCCACGGAAUCAAGGUGUCCGACUUGGGACCGGGAAGAAGACUCUACGCGGCCGACUAUUUUCGCAUCGACGGUAGACCACCACUUCCUAUUCGCUGGAUGGCCUGGGAGUCCAUGCUCAUGGGGAAAUAUACGUCGAAAAGCGACGUCUGGGCUUUCGCUGUUACCCUAUGGGAGGUGCUCACCUUUGCCAGGGAACAACCCUUCGAGGAAUUACCCGAUCAUCGAGUAGUCGAGAACGUCACGCAUUUCUACCAAGACACUACCAGGAGGUUCAUCGUUCUCCCCUUGCCGAAGAAUUGCCCCAAGGAAAUAUACGAUCUGAUGUGCGAGUGCUGGCAACGCAGCGAAACGGACAGACCGACGUUUCGGGAGAUUCAUCUUUUUCUUCAGCGAAAAAAUCUUGGCUACAGACCGAACAACAACGUCACUUGAUACAGAGAACUGGAAGGUUGGAACUUGAUCCGACUUUCAAUGAUCGGAGAACUCAACGGAAAUUGGUGGGGGACCUCCUCGAUUCUUAACGAUAAAAAUUGAGCUGAUACACCGCGACCGCUUUGAUCGCUACAAUUAUCCCGGACAAUCGAACGGAGUGAUCGAUCAAUCGACGCAGAACCGGGCGGACUGGACCAAACGAACCACUCGAAAAAUUACUCAUCUCGGUCGGACGAUAUGAAAUAACUGAGAUUACGAUUGAAGACGUCUACAAGGGUCAACGCAUAACCAUGUAAAUACCGCGGAUCUCUAGGAUCCAAUGAAGCGUAUAGAAUAUGAUGAUGAAAAUAACAAGAUACACGUAUAGAAAUUGUACAGAGGGAUGACGGCGACGCGCGUUGCCAUCCGUGAAAUAUCGACGAUGAAAAUUGUGGGAGAAAAAAAACAACGUAAUUAUCGUUAAUUUUCCUUUUUUUUUUUAACUUCUAUUUUUAAACAGGGGUACAACGUCACGGAAUUCCCUAGACGCGACUGUAAUUAUAGCCUUCAAUGAUCCGAUCAGAGACGCUGACGAUCCACGCCCGAUGAUUUUUUAAGAACCAAAUAAAAAUUAAGGUAAAAACCACCGAGAUACGUAGACGAGCGAUAUACAUACCUGCAGCUGUAUCUGAUGUGCAGAGUUUCGUUUCCUAAUUAUACAGGGAUAAAAGUUCAAUUAAUCAGGUCAUGCGAGCCGGUAAUUCCCCUCAGAGAUUGUAAAUAUAUAUAGACCCCUACGCACGUAUAUAUAGACAUUUGUAUGCGUGUAUAUAUUUAAUACGAGCAGCAGCAGUAGCUCGACUCAGCUCGGCAACUCGCUCCACUCGGAGUGAUUAAUUAUGUGUUUUGAAUUCCGUGAAGAGAAUUACUUGCGGGCAAAGAGCUUUAAAACAUGCUGACGAAUGAGACCCGAUUGAUCACAAUUAGGCUAUAUAUACACGUACAACAUCCGAUACACGACCCUUACCUGCGCACGU